CCUUGAAAUUCCCUCAAAACUCUCGAGCCUUUUCUCCUGAAAAUCCUCUUCUUCUUCUCCUCCGAAUUCCUUCUGGAGAGAAGAGAGAGAGAGAGAGAAAGAGAAAUCAGAAAGCCGCUUCUUCAAUCCCCAUCGAUUUUAGGGUUUUUCGUUGUUCGCUCUAUUUUCUGCUUUCCGAUCUAGACGGAUUAUUAUUUGCUUUAUUACACAAGGUCAUUUAUAAAGCUUGAGCAUGGCAGCAACGGAGCCAGCAGCGGCUUCCCUUGGUCCACGGUAUGCACCUGAGGACCCUACACUUCCAAAACCUUGGAAGGGUUUGAUAGAUGGAAGCACAGGCGUUCUAUACUACUGGAAUCCUGAAACUAAUGUAACCCAAUAUGAGAAACCCGCCAGUUUGCCUCCAUCGUUGCCAUCUGGACCGCCUCCCGCCGUUUCUACACCUAAGUUGGCGCCAAUUCCGGGGGCCCAUUCAGUUCCACCAAACGACGUCUUGGCCCAGAAUGGUCAGCAAGUAACGCAAGUUCCUCAGCAGCAGGGGCAACAAGGGAACCAGCAUGGACAUCUAAUGUUACAACAGCAGAAUCCACAACUUGGGCCAGCUAUGCAACAGCAUGGACAAGUCCAACAACUUGGGCAAAUUAUGCAGCAUCCAGCUCAACAAAUGAUUCAGCAAAUUCCACAGCAGUCGGGUCAGCAAGGAUUACAGCAGCCUGGUCAGCAAAUACCCCAACAGGUCAUCCAUCAAAUGCAACAACAAACACCUCCGAAUCAAGGCUUACAAAUGGCACUACCUCAAGGACAGCAAUUGACACAUCAGCAGCUGCAGUAUAUGGCUUAUCAACAAAGUGUGCUUCCUCAAGGACAACAAAUUACUCCACAACCAACUCAGCAGGGUGUUCAAGUGCCUCAAUUUGUAAAUCAACAAGAUUUUAAGCCAGGUUUCCCGAAGAGGGAAGAAGAUGAUCUUCAAAACAGAAAUCAAAUUGGGUUUUCUCCUUCCCAGUUUCAGCAGGCUGGUGGUUCAGCUGCUCAGAACCUUGCUGCUGGAACUACUUCAGCACACAUUCUACAGAUUGGCGCUCAUUCAGGUCAAUCCCAACAGUUUGGUAGCUCUGUCCAUAACAUGCAACAACCUGGCUCCACCACUCGAUUGCAGCCAAUGGGCACUGAUUUGGCGCAUCAUUCACAUGGUAGUAGGUUUCAAAAUGAGAGGGACCCAAUACUAAUGCACAAUCACCAGUCAAAUAUGGCUCCUGGUGGAUUAAGGGCGGGUCAUGAGAGUAAUUUCCACGGAAGAGGUGGAAACAAUUAUGCCUUCAAUAGUAACAAGGAAACACCAAUUCCAGGUCCUCAGCAGCCCAAGCUAGCUGCAAUUCCAGUGGCUAGAAGUCAGCAGGACAUGAGGUUCAGUGGCCCAUAUCCAAGUGUUGCACCUGGUCAUGCUAGCGCAUUGAGCAAUGAGCCAGGGCAUGCCAUGCAAAAUAUGUAUAAUCACUCAACAGGUGGCCCACCGUAUGCUAUGAUGAAACCUCCAUACCAUGGAUCGAAGGAUAUUUCAGGUCUCUCGCCUGUAGAAGCCUAUCGCCAGCAGCAUGAAGUUAAUGCAACGGGUGAUAAUGUUCCUGCCCCAUUCGUGACAUUUGAAGCCACUGGUUUUCCCCCUGAGAUACUGAGAGAGAUUUAUUCCGCUGGCUUCUCUUCUCCCACCCCCAUUCAGGCACAAACAUGGCCUAUUGCUCUUCAAAGUAGGGACAUAGUGGCGAUUGCUAAAACUGGUUCUGGAAAAACAUUAGGAUACUUGAUCCCUGCCUUUAUUCUUCUUAGACAACGGCAUAAUAAUCCUCAAAAUGGCCCAACGGUGUUGGUUUUGGCUCCAACAAGGGAGCUUGCAACUCAAAUACAAGAUGAGGUCAUCAAAUUUGGACGAUCAUCAAGAGUUUCCUGCACGUGCCUCUAUGGUGGAGCUCCUAAGGGUCCUCAACUAAAAGAAUUAGAUCGCGGAGCAGAUAUAGUCGUUGCGACUCCUGGUCGGCUUAAUGAUAUAUUAGAAAUGAAAAAGAUAAACUUCGGGCAAGUUUCCCUUCUUGUGCUCGAUGAGGCAGAUCGAAUGCUUGACAUGGGUUUUGAACCUCAAAUACGCAAAAUUGUGAAUGAAAUACCCCCACACAGACAAACUCUCAUGUACACGGCAACCUGGCCAAAAGAAGUAAGAAAAAUAGCAAGUGAUCUUCUUGUUAAUCCUGUCCAGGUGAACAUUGGCAGGGUUGAUGAGCUUGCUGCAAACAAGGCUAUUACACAGUAUGUUGAAGUUGUCCCUCAAAUGGAGAAGCAACGCCGUUUAGAGCAAAUCCUUAGAGCACAAGAACGAGGUUCUAAGGUCAUCAUUUUCUGUUCCACAAAAAGGUUAUGUGAUCAGCUUGCACGUAGCAUUGGACGUAGCUUUGGUGCUGUGGCAAUUCAUGGAGACAAAUCUCAGGGCGAGAGAGACUGGGUUUUGAAUCAGUUUCGAAGUGGAAAAUCUCCGGUUUUAGUUGCCACUGACGUUGCUGCUCGUGGGCUUGAUAUCAAGGAUAUAAGGGUGGUGAUUAACUAUGAUUUCCCAACUGGGGUUGAGGACUAUGUACAUCGAAUUGGAAGAACUGGGAGGGCUGGUGCAACAGGAGUAUCCUACACCUUUUUCUCUGAGCAGGACUGGAAAUAUGCAGCUGAUUUGAUAAAAGUACUGGAGGGAGCCAACCAGCAUGUUCCCCCAGAAGUGCGAGACAUUGCUAUGCGUGGUGGGCCUAGUUUUGGCAAAGAUAGGCGUUUUGAUUCUGGGGGUGGUGGCCGUGGUGGCAUGAGGGAUGGUGGCUUUGGGGGCCGUGGUGGCAUGAGGGAUGGUGGCUAUAGGGGCCGAGGUGGCAUGAGGGACGGUGGCUAUGGUGGCCGUGGUGGACCUGGUGGCCCUAGAGAUGAUCCUAUGAAUGGUAAUGGUGGGAGGGAUGAUUUUUUUGGUGGCCGCGGCAACAGAGGACGAGGAUUUGGUGGGCCUGGUGCUGGUCAUGUUGGAUUCGGUAGAAAUGAUCGUAUGCCUCAUGAUCGGUACAACAAUAUGGAUGGGAGAGGACGUGGGCGUGGAUGGGGACGGUCCGAUAAUAGAAGAGAAAUUACUGGUAGGAGCAGGGACAGAAGUUACAGCAGAAGCCCGGAAAGGGUAAGAACAUGGGGUUAUAGCAGAAGCCGAAGUCGCAGUCAGAGUCGCAGUCGCAGCCGUAGCCGCAGCUGGACCAGAAGUAGGAGUAGGAGCUGGAGUAGGAGCAGGAGUCGGAGUCGGAGCCGGAGCUUGUCCCGCAGCCGUAAUCAGAGCUACAGCCGUAGCCCAAGGCGGAGUCGCAGCCGUGAUCGGAGUCAUAGCCGCAGCUAUGACAGAUCUGGCAAUCCACCUCGUGAACAGAUCUCCAACAAAAAGGAUACUACACAAGCAAUGUCAGAUCCUGUAGCUCCUCCUGAAUCAGGUUUGCGUCCAGUGUCCCCGGGUACUCGAGGCAAUGCAAUUCCAAAAACAGAGGCUUUGGAGCAAACGCCGGUAGUUGAGAACACUGAGCCAGAAAAUCCAAAUGUAGGUGGAGAACACCUAGAGGCUGUCAAAGAAUCACACCAUCAAUCAGUUGCGGAAGAUUGAGAUAUGAUGGCAGUUUCACAUCUAGUUCAACCAAAAUGGCUUUUUCAACACCUGCUGUGAGUUAGCUUCUGUUGGUGAAAUAUGUAGCAAGGAGUUGACUUGAAUUUUGGCUCAUCUGGAUACAAGUGAAAUGACAUUUGUUCUUUAGCAUUGGGUUAGGUCUUCAUACUCUGGGGAAGGAAGGCACUUUAAAGUUCCAACUACUUCUAUAUUGUGGGGGUUGUAAUUCGAGUAUUGGGAGAUUUUUAUGAGUUGUUACAUGUUUUGUGUGAGAAAUUGGGAUAGAUAAGCAUAGAACCGCCCUCCCGUACAUCCAUUUUAUACGCUCACAUUUCUUUCGACAUUUGCCUUAAUUUUGUGGUAUUAUGAAGUCACGUUAUUAUAUCUCAUGGUUA